AGCGCCAGGGCUGCAGGCGAGACACGGAGGAAUACGCUCCUUCAUCUGCGGGAGAUGGGGAAUAACGACUGAAAACGACUGAGCUUGGGGAGAGGCAGUUGGUUGUGGUGGUGUGUUGCAGACACAAGAUAGUCCAUAUUAAUGGAACAUAGAAAACAACUGCCGAGUGUUGGGAGUCAUAGCAACAAGGACUUUUAGUGGAGAACAGACUUGUAAGCAUAUGAACCAUAUCUUGGCUCUUUUCAAAGUUGCCUCUGAUGUUUUGAUCCCCUCUGUCGCAUUUUUAUUAGUCAGUCUGCUGUGUCCAUUCAGUCUGGAUGUCAGACUCUCCUUCCGUUAAAAAAGCAGCAGUACUCUUUCAUUGAUGGAGGAGGUUGUAUAACACACUUCGUGUGUUUGCACGUAUUUGCCUUGCUGUUUUUUUUAGGAUUCAAAACUUUUUGCUGGUAUCUCCCUCUCGUGGUAAUUGUGAUCAAGUGCAAGUACUGAACAGAAUAUUUCGCUUAUUACCCACAAAAGGAUGCGUCGUCAGGGUGCAACGAAAAACAACAUUUUUGCAGCUCGAGUUGAAGAAUGACGAUCUAUUGCUGUGCGGCAACCAGCCGCUAGGCGGCAGCAGAGAACAAGGCCCCUGCAGAAGGCGGCUGUCACCGAGAAGCCGGUGGAAUAAUGUGAAAAUCUCGCGAUGCUGCAGCAGGGUCUUCGGUUUCCAACAUGGCAGGUAGUAAGUUCGUGCUGGAGGGGCGAGUAAGUCUGAUAAGCUUCGUUUUAGGACUCUGUGUUGUGUUAAUACCCUUGUUUACGGAGGCGGGGGCGCACGUUGAAUGGGCACAAGACGUCCUAAACGGGCUGAACGGUAAAAUAGCGAUAGUGGUUUACAUUGCAGUUGUGAAUGGCUUGCUGCUAAUCCUGUACAAGGGACCCCUGUAUAAGGUUGCGGUGCGAGCUGGUUUCCUGGGCUUUGCCUUCGGCUGUGGCUUGCUGAUGAGCUUUAGCCAGACAUCCUGGAAAUAUUUUGGCUGGUACAUGUGCUCCCUCUCCUUCUUCCACUACUCGGAGUACCUGGUGACGGCCAUCAUCAACCCCCACAGCCUCUCCCUGGACUCCUUCCUGAUCAACCACAGCCUGGAAUACACCGUGGCUGCCAUCUCCUCCUGGGUGGAGUUCACCCUGGAGAGACUACUGGUCCCAGAAAUGAAACAGCUGGGCUGGCUGAGCCUGCUGGGCCUGCUGAUGGUCCUUUUCGGGGAGUGCCUGCGCAAGUCUGCCAUGCUGACCGCUGGCUCCAACUUCAACCACAUUGUCCAGAACGAGAAGUCCCAGAGUCACGUCCUGGUGACCACUGGCGUCUACUCCUGCUUCCGACACCCCUCCUACGUCGGCUGGUUUUACUGGAGCAUCGGCACGCAGGUGAUGUUGUGUAACCCGGUGUGUGUCCUGGGCUACACGCUGGCCUCCUGGAGGUUUUUCAGGGAGCGGAUCGAGGAGGAGGAGAUCUCGCUCAUCCAUUUCUUCGGGGAGGACUACCUGGAGUACAAACGCAAGGUGCCCACGGGCCUGCCUUUCAUUCCAGGCAUCAGGGUGGAGGCGUAAAAAACGCAAAGACUACAGACUGGAGCUGUGAGAGGAAAGCAGCAGCAGCAGCCUAGUAACUCUGCGCCUCGCUUCUCCGCUGAUCACCCAGCGAGCAGAGGGACCCCUGAGCUCAUCAGAGACCCCCCCCCACCACCACCACCCAUGGCACAUCACAGGACGGGGGUGGCCAGACUCUGACACGGCCACAUUGCACCUCUGGGCAUCACACCAAACCCUCUCCAUGAGCGACUCCUUUCUUUUCCAGUGUAACUCUUUAGCAAUUAGAAUUUCAGGACCGGAGGCACUGUUGAUUACCUUUUGUGUGCUUUUUUUUCCCAGUUUCUCACCCUUGUUCUUCCUCCUGAUGCACUGAACCUCAUGAUCUAUCCCCCCCCCCACCCAAUCCUCUCCUUUCACCGGCGGGAAAUGUGCCCUUCAGGUCUUCCCCAGCUGUUCUUAGCUUUUAGUACAAAGUCAUGCUAGCCAAGUCUGUCACCUGCCUGUUUACGGUUAGAUGCAUGUAGGGCUUGUUCUUUAGACUGAUGAUUGGGUCCGUGGUCCAGUCCCUGGUAGUCCAUGUACUUCUGGAAAAAAACUUCGCAUCAGGUUACAGUUUUACAAUUAUGUUGUACAAUAGUACAACAGAAAAACAGAAGAGAUUGCUGUUGUCUGUUUUGCUCUGUAUUUAUGGAUGAGCAACCCCAGCAGGUCUGUGCGUGCUGAUCCUUGAAAAUAGUUAAAUAUUUGAAUUUGGUGUGUAAGUUUUGUAAAAUGGCUUGAGCUCUGUCACAUCGAAGGUGACUUGUAAAUUGAAAGACACUGUACCAGAUAUUAUGUUAAAACAUGGGCAUAUGUUUUAGUAUUAAUGACUAAUAGGCUUAUUUUUAGCCAAACAUGACCAAAUUACAGUCUUUCUGUUAUAGUGCCCCUUUCUCUUCCUCCUGCUUAAAUUCCAUUUUUUAUUUCUAGUGCUUAAGGCUUUGAUUUGCCUUAAAAUAUAACAUACAUCGCAAUCAUAGACAAUCAAAGUAAACUUUUUCCCAUAUCCUCUCUUUAUAUCACAGUGACCUUUCUUUAAAAAAUGUCCCAGCUAGCAAGGGGACUGAAAAACAUUUUGGAAACCUAUGGGAAGAAAUGUGCUUGCUUUGUGAAAAUAUGCCGAUCUGUGCGAGACCCUGGACUAUUUUGCCCAGGCUGAGAUCGGGUAACAUCCAAGCGACCUACACAUGGCAUGUUGGAAACUCCCGAAUCUGGCUGGUACUUGGUACUAUUUUAAUAGUUCUCAUUCCUGUUCUGUCUCAGUAUGGCUGCUGAGGUGAUGUUCCCCACCGCUGAGAACCGUAGUAAAUAAGAUCCUAGUUGCUGAUUACAAUUUAGUUUUUUUUUGUUAUUUGGUCAAGAUCUACUUCUUGAUUAAGACUGAAAUGUCUUUUCUAUGGCUCUGUGACUUACUUUACUUGCAGUGGGCCCUUGUUUCAUUUCCUGGGGAUAAUAUAAAGGAAAGACCCAAAUGCACACAAUUGGUGGGGACUUCCCAUUGACUUUCACAGUGUUUUCAUUUACUCUCUCCACUCCACUCAAAUGAAGGUCUGCACAGUAUGAAAUUUGACCCAAACGUUCUCUUCCUUCGUAGGGAUGUGCUCAUGUCGUACGUUCACUGGGGUUGGGAUUCUCAAAUUGUCCUCACAUUAAUUGGAAUAUACUGUAAUGUUUGCUCACAUGUCUACAGUCUUUUCAGCUCUAAUACUGCAGGAUUGUGGGAUAUUGCCCUUCUUUCCUGACAUAUGAGAUGCCAAAGUUUCUUCCCUCACCUCUCAGGGCACGUGCUUGUUUCUCGAGAAGCUGGAGCUUCUCACAGAGUCAAGGAGAACCACUGAGGUGUCUGUUCCAGGUCCAGAUUGGACAGUAGUUACUGAUAUUGGUACCACUUAAGGGGCUGCAAAUUGCACUUUAUAAGUCAGUAAAGUCACAUUGUAUUUAAUAACCUCGCAGUUGAUCAAUCUGAGUUCAAGUUUAUGGUAGAUUGUUAGCACUGUUAAUGUUUACUCCUAAUAUAUAAUUCCUAAUAAAUGAAAAUUGCAGCCCCUGUUUUCAAGAUCUCUUUACUUCCUCUCUUCCACAUUUCCUUGCCAUUUGUAAUUCAAUCUCAUGGGCCAGAGCCCUAAAGUCUUAGCAUGUCUGGUUGUGAAUUGAUCAAUUUGAAAGGCAUGGUAUCUGUGACCACUUGGAGCUCUGAAACCACUGCAAACCAAUAAAAACUAUUUAUCUUUCUCUUCCCAGACAAUGCAAUCUUGACUCCUGUGAAUCCACUCCUGAAUCCUGUGCCUUUUCAAAGAGCCGAGGCAAGUUCAGGUUGCCUCUGGAUCUGAAAAGACACAUUUGGUCCCAGAGUUCCCUAUUAUAGGAAGAAUCCCUCAUUCCUUUUUACGACCUGGAGGUUGAUUGUAAAUAUUUACUGGACUGGGAGGAGUUGUUUUUAUAUACAGUAUUGUAUUUUAGUAUUGAAGAUUCUUGUGAGGCAGGAAGGGAGGGGGUACAAAUAAACCUGCUGGAAUUA